AAAAAAAAAAAAAAAAAAAAAAACAAUCCACAGCAGCAGUGUGACAAACAUCAAUUCAGGAAUUGAGAGAACCGCCGCCGAUUUUUUUGUAAAAGAUGAUCUAGUUCCGAUAUCGCUAAUCUCCCUUCUCAAUUCCAAAAAUUGUCUUCUUUUUCUUUUUUUUUUUGGUUUGGGAUCGCUUCGCUACUUAUUCCAUUCUACUCGACUCGGAAUCUGUAUCGUCACAACAACAUAAAAAGUUCCUUCCUUUACCCGUUUCGUUCGCUUCUCUGGUGUCGUCUACAUAUUUGCAGUGUGUUGGUCCUCAAUUCCCCUUGUAUCCUAUCCAACUACCUGAAGUUUAUCUAGAGGAGUGUGUCCAAUCCAUCUAUCGUUCAACCUUUAUACCAGUAGCGUUACUGAGAAGUCGCUUUGGUUUCCGAGGAGAGAAUAAAUUAGGAGACCCUUAAUGGACUGUAAUAAAGAAGACGCUACGAGGGCUAGAGAGAUUGCAAAGAAAAAGUUUUUAGCAAAUGAUUUUUCGGGCGCCCGGAAGUUUGCCUUGAAGGCUCAGUUCCUGUAUCCUGAACUCGAUGGAAUUGCUCAAAUGGUGGCCACGUUUGAUGUUCACUUAUCUGCUCAGAAUAUCAUAUUUGGGGAGAUAGACUACUAUGGUGUACUUGGUCUGAACCCUGAGGCUAAUCAAGAAACAGUGAGGAAGCGCUACAGAAAGUUAGCUGUAAUGCUUCAUCCUGACAGGAACAAGUCGAUUGGAGCAGAGGAAGCCUUUAAGUUUCUUUCGCAGGCUUGGGGUGUGUUCUCUAACGAGGAAAAAAGAGCUGACUAUGACCUCAAGAGGAAUGUGGGAUUGUAUGAGAAAGGGAGAGCUUCAUCGUCAAGGACUCCAACCAAUGGAUUUCAGAAAGUUACUAAAGCUAGCAGUAACGCAAACGCAACAAAGGUAAAGAGUUCAAAGAGAGGUAUAAAACGGGCAAGUGAUGCCUCUGCUGCUGCUGCUACUACUACUUCUACUUCGGCCCAGAAAACAACUGCUGAUGGGACCUUUUGGACUGUAUGCCGUACUUGCAGAACACAGUAUGAAUAUCAUCGUGUUUAUCUAAAUCAAAACCUCUUGUGUCCCAACUGUCGUAAGCCGUUUAUAGCUGUGGAAACGGAUCCUCCAGGUUCAGGUUCGAUUCGCAAGACCUUUCACGAGCACCAAUUCGACUCUCUCCGUCACACAACGGACGGAAGAAAGAAAAAUGUAUCUGGAAGAGACAACAAUGGGGUGUAUGGUGAAUAUGAUUCCUUUGAGUGGGGUGUGUUCAAUGGAACCAAAAAUGCUGCUCAUGCUGCACAGACCGGGUCACGAAAAGAUGAGGUUGUGCGUAGAGAGUACACCAAAAGGGUGGCUGGUCUCUCAUCGACAAUUCCUCCGAAAAGAAGAAAGGUUGUGGAAAGUGCAGUUUCUGGUACCAACAUUGCUAGUUGUCUUCCUCCCAAGUCACCUGCUGUAAAAAAAAUAUCAGAGGAUGAGCUGAAGAAUUUAUUGAAGAAGAAAGCUAAGUCAGUAAUCAGCAGAAACCUGCAAGAAUUAUGCACCAUGGUCGUUGACACUGAUACUGAAACUGAUGCAAAGGAAAGGGGAGAAACUGAGGAUCUCAAUGGUUUUAAAGUAGGUUCUUCAGUAAACAAAAAUGCCAUUGAUACAUGCUGCAUGGACUAUACUUCUGCUACCGAGACGGAUUUGAAAUCCCUGAGAGCCUUGACAGUAGAUGUUCUUGAUCCAGAUUUCUGUAACUUUGAGAAGGAUCGAACUGAAAAGUCAUUUAGGGAUGAUCAGAUAUGGGCUUCUUACGAUUCUCUUGAAGGGAUGCCUCGAUCAUAUGUCAUGAUACAUAAGGUUAUCUCCGUAGAUCCAUUCAAGGUCCGUAUGAGUUGGCUUACUUCAGUAACAAAUGGUGAGCUUAGCUCAACAAAUUGGCUUGGUUUUGGUAUACCAAAAAGUUGUGGAGAGUUUAGAGUUGGGAAAACCGAAAUCUGCAGGUCACCUUACAUUUUCUCACACAAAGUAAACCUGGUCAAAGGGAAAAAUGGAGAAUUCCUUAUAUAUCCUCGAAAAGGCGAAGUAUGGGCUCUGUAUCGGGAAUGGUCCCCUGGCUGGAACUAUCUUACAGGAUUUGAAACAGUUGAGUACGAUAUAGUUGAAGUAGUUGAAGGAUAUACAGAGGGAUACGGUGUGUCAGUGGUUCCUCUGGUUAAAGUUGCUGGUUUCAAAGCCGUGUUUCAUCACCAUGUGGAUCCCAAAGAUACCAGAAGGAUCAGCAGGGAUGAAAUUUCAAGAUUCUCUCACAAGAUACCUUCGUAUUUACUCACAAGUCAAGAAGCACCCGGUGCUCUCAGAGGUUGCAGACAGCUUGACCCGGCAGCAACACCGUCACAGCAUCUUCAAGUUAUCGAUGAUCAUCGGUAAGGUGUAAAAGAUUCAAACUUUUUUUGUAUCUUGGUAAUGUAAUUUUGCCUAAACUUGAACUGAAUGUUUUGUUCCAAUUAUGGUAACAUAGAAUCUAGUAGAGCCUACGAUGGAGUU